ACUUAUCUCCCUGUAGAAAACGCAAAAAUAACUGUAAUAGUUUUCUAAUAGUUUUUGUUUUAAUAUAAAUUCUAGCUUGGCUCAUGCUGAUAAACCAUUUUUCUCCUCAGGGCAUCAGCACUUUUAGCAUUUACUGUAGGAAACUCUGAAAAACAGUCGGUGUUAGCAGGAAGCAGAGAAACCGGGUUGGAUGGAAGCAGUGGUCAGCGCAUAAUUGCGAGCAGUAAUCUGGGUUUAUCGCUCAAUAAUCCGCUAACAGCAGCAUGUUCACGAGAGCAGCCACUCUGGCGACGGUGACACUUUUACGUCAGAUCAGCCUUUUGUGGUGAUGAAAAACAGGCAGUUGAAGUAGGGCGCACAAGUACUGAGACAAAUGUUCAAAGUUUCUGCUCUGACAGAAUACCGCCAAACUAGGUCAGUGACCUCCUUAAGAUGUGACUCUGUUGUUGCAAAGAUCAGUCGAAGGAAGCGCGUGGAACAAAGCAGGUCGCGUUAGACAAGCAGACGGUUGUUGAAAUUAUCACUGGAUAAGAAAAAUGCUUAGAGGACGUAAUUCUGGGUGGAUGUGUCACAGCUGCUGUGACGCACUUAUGAGAAUGUUAUCAACAGGAAAACCUGCAGUGAGAUAGGAGAGACAAUAAACUGCUCUUCCUCCUCAUGUUGGAAAGAUUGGUGCCUUAUUUCUGGACACGGAUGGAUGAGGGUCCUCCGGUUUCAGAGAGAUGAGCUGAGAUGAAUCUCUUGUUAGCCAGUUGGAGAUGCAUUAUCUUGCUGUUUUGUUUUUCCAUCAAUGGCUGCCCUCUGUUCCCUGCAGGCUGUAUGGACCUCAUUUCCAGCGGCUAUGCGACAGCAGAGCCGGCCACUGUCCUGCUCAUGGGUUCAGACCUGACCGUGUACUGCCACACCUUCAAAUGUGAAAAGGAGUUGAAGAUGUACCUGGACCUGAAUAAACAGACUGUGAAUCUGUCGAAAAGAGUCAACUGCACCACAACGGCAUUCUACCUGACCCGCGUGUCUAAGCCGCUGUCUAAGGUGGUCUGCAAGAUGAAGAGCAGCCAGCUGCCUGCUCUGGAAAUCAUCUGUGGCCUAGAUCUACGUCUUGGACUUCCUCCUGACAAGCCUGCAAAUAUCAACUGUGGAACAACAAGGAGCUCUGAUUUGAUAAACUGCUCACUGGACAGAGGACGGGAAACGUACAUCGACACAUUCUACAACGUUUCAGUCCACAGGGAGAAUGAAAGUGUUUUAGAUCUGAUCUCGGACGGGGAGGAAAUCAGCGUACCACGAGCAAUCUUAGAGGAAAACACUAAAUACACGCUGACCGUCUCCGCUUACAACCGCUUUGGAGCGUCCCGGUCGGACCCGUUCAUCUUUUCUCUGGCAGACAUAGUGAUACCAGAAACCCCUCACGUAGUUAAGGUGGAGUUCAUGAAUGACUCCAUAUCAGCCGUGCUGCACUGGAAAACCUUUGAGUCUUCGAAGCGCCUCAGAUCCCAAAUCAGGCUGCGAGGAAACAAUACCUGGGAGCAGAGAGCGGGAGCAGAGCUGAGCGAGGGUCUGAUACGAGUGGAGAACCUAAAGCCUGAGACUGAAUAUGAGUUCCAAAUCAGAACGUGUUCCUACGCAUCAGGACAGGCCACGAGCUUUAAAACCAGCCAGCGAGUUCUCUGCAGCAAAUGGAGCCCGUCUGUGAAGAGGAUGAGUCCUGGAAAAGGUCCGUCUCAGCAGCUGCAUGUAUGGAGACGCUUAGGAGACCAGGCCAAACCCGGGCUGAGGAGCGUUACUGUUUUCUGGAAGCCUUUGCCUGUGGAGGAUUACAGUGGUGAAUUGCUGCGGUACAGCAUCGUCCUGGAUGAUGGCCGAGAGGAGAUCUGUCCUGCCGCUUCCAGCCAGUGUUCAGUCCAGGCACCAGUGGCGGUUCUUGGACUGAACGUCAGUGCAGUGACCUCCAGUGGGGCGUCUCCGCCGGCUUUUGUAGAUCUCAGACAUGCAGGUGCUUCUGAAUCUUUCUUUGAUUCAGCACCAGGAGCAGACGGCAGCGCUGCUCGUGUCUCCUGGUCUACGACGGUUCAGACAGGUCUUCUGUACUUUGUAGUAGAAUGGGAAAGCAUGCCUCCAAUGGGGCUGCAGUGGAAAAAGGUGCUUAGAGACAUGAAAGACACAACAAUCGCAGGUUUGAUGGCGGGUGUGAGGUACAACGUGUCUUUGUAUGCUGUGACCACCAGAGGCGUCAGUGCUCCAACAUCCACACCGAUCUACUCCAGAGAACAGAGGCCACUUUCAGCUCCCGUGCUCCAUGUUCUGACCCGUGAGGUCAGACGGAUCCUGGUCCGGUGGGACGAGCUGCCCGUGGACCAACGGAGAGGCUUCAUCUCAAAGUACACUGUCUACUUGCAGACACUGGACUCCAGCAGCGCAGAACUCAACGUGACAGUGUCUGGAUCUGGCCAAAGACAGACGUGGCUGGACUGUCCAGAAGGAACGUUGUCCCUUCAGCUGACCGCAUCGAACUCAGAAGGAGAAGGGCCUCGAGGGAGACAGACCUUAUCUCAGCCUCCAGCUCCAGCAGUGGGGCUGGUGAUUGCGAUUGUGUUCAGCAUUACGAUCUCCAUAGCAAUUGUAGCCAACCUGAUGUGCUGGAGCUGUGUGAGGAAACGGAUCAAACAGAAAUGUAUAGCAUGGGGACCUGAGUGGCUCGUGGACAACUUGCCCAAACCAGGGCACAGCAACGCCAUCAGGCUGCUGGAGGACGACAGAAGUGAGCCUCUUUUCUCCUUCACCGACAGUGACCCGACCCUUUCCCCGAUCCUCGUGGUCUCCCAGGACGAGAGGGACGAAGCGUACCCCAGCAUCCACGUGGAAGAGUCCCCGGACGGAGCCCGACAGGCGAAAUCGCUCCCUAGAACCAUUCUGGUUGAACACACCGGCUACAAGCCUCAGAUUGCCGCGCUGCUUCCGCUUGACGAGGAGAUCAAGGAUGCAAGGGAGGAGCAACGGGAACAUCCAGAAAACGCAGAGGAAGACAGGCUUUUGGUUGGAUUUGAAGGAUUUCUGGGAGGCUUCCUGUCCAACAUGGAUUGCUCUAAUUCGUCUCAUUGGGCCACUCUUGGCUCUACCGGGGAUCUUUUGUGGCCUAAAACCUUUGAAACGUCUGUCUGGAAAGGAGUCUGCUUGCAAGAGAUUCCGAGAACACAGGAAGACACGGAGAACAAUGUUUCCUCUCUGGAUUUGCAGCAGGAUCAGAGAGAGGCUCUCGAUUCAGAUGAUACCUGCUCCUCUCCGUUUUCAGCUCGCAUGUUCCUGAACAGUGGCUACUUCCCACAGGUGGCUUCCCUUGACGUUGACACUUGACACGCCAAGGUGGCAGCGAUGUUGGAGGGACAAGAACUGCACUUUUAAGGAUAAUUUUGAGAAAGCAUUACAAAAGCGCACAUUUUAAUCAUUGUGCCAAUAAACUGCCCGUAUUGUAGUUACUGAUUGUAUUUAAAUGUCAUUUUUACUGUGGAAGCGAGUGUGUAAGAGGUUUUAAUGGCUGCACUCUCAGGUGAGAGUCUGCUGAUCUUUCUGGAUGGAUGUUCUGUCAAUGUGUGCUACCUGUCUGAAUAAAUGAACAAAGAUGUUGAUUAAA